GAGCACACCUGAGGACUCACAGCUCUGUGCGUGCAUGCCUCUGCAGUCUGGAUUUUAAUCUGUGCAUUCAGGCAAUAUGAUAGCAACUGUUUUACUGUGGGCGCUGGCUUCCCUCUCAAAGACGGACGCACUCAGACGACAAAGAAUAAGCCUGAGUUUUUCCAGGUCCUCCUCCUCUUCCUCCUCCUCCUCCUCCUUUGAGCAUACAGGGGGAGUCUGCCUUAAUGGAGGCACCUCUGUUCCUUCCUUGUAUCGGCGUGAGCACAUGUUUUGUGUGUGCCCUGACGGUUUUGGCGGGAAUAACUGUGAAAUUGUAACAGGUGCCCUCUGCUAUGAGGGCGUUGGCCUGUACUACAAAGGGACGGUGUCUCAGUCAGAAAGUGGGCUAACGUGUCAAGAGUGGGACUUGGAGACCAGGGAAAGGUAUUUGGCUUCAGAUGUCAAUUCAGGAAGGCACAACUACUGCAGAAAUAUACAAUACAGAAGGCGUCCGUGGUGUUAUGUUUGGAAAAACCAGGAGUUGAUCUGGGAGUACUGCGAUAUUCCACGUUGUGGCGCUGAGCUGAUUCCAAGUCUACCUUCGCUUGCUCCCACUGUGGAAGAGCCAAGGCUAAAAUGUGGCCAACGCACUCAAAAAAAGCAGGUGAAGAUCGUGGGUGGAAGAGUUGCCAGUGUAGACUCCCACCCGUGGAUGGCUGCCAUAUUUUGGCACAGCAAAUCUAAGGACAAGGUUUUCCGCUGUGGCGGGAGUCUGAUCGCCCCCUGCUGGGUUCUGACAGCUGCCCACUGCUUCCCGGAUGGGACAAACAGUAAAGCGCGUCGCUUCUGGGUGGUCCUGGGGAAGAAUGCACUGAAUGAAACUGACCAUGCUCUGGAGCAAACUUUCAAGGUGGAAGACAUUUUCAUCCAUGAAAGCUUUGACAACAGCGAUGGAAACUUUAACAAUGAUAUUGCACUGAUGAAGCUGAAGGCCAAGCGCAAUGGUCAGUGUGCAAAGGAGCAGAGCUCAGUUAAAACUGUCUGUCUGCCUCCACCUCAGCUGAGCCUCCAGCCCGGUGCAACCUGUGAGAUCAGUGGGUACGGGAAGGAGAGACAAGGUUUGUGGUAUAAGUCGCAGUACCUGAGAGAGGCUCAGGUCAGCGUUCUGGCUGACAGUGUGUGUCGACAAAAAGACUAUUAUGGAAGUCUGAUCACAGAUAAUAUGUUCUGUGCUGCUCGUCCUGACUGGAGCCAGGAUGCCUGCGAGGGAGAUUCAGGAGGGCCCCUGGUGUGUGAGCGGGAUAACAAGUUCUUCCUCUUUGGAAUAAUCAGCUGGGGUGACGGAUGUGCACAAGAGCUUCGUCCUGGUGUGUACGCCAAAGUGACCAAUUAUAACCGAUGGAUCGAGGAGAAGACGGGCCUUUCGGACAUCACUGCGUUUCCCUCAACAAACAUCUCACGUUAGUGUUAAGACUGUUAGAGGUGAUGCUUAAAGAACCAGGUGAUCUACAUCCAAAUAAACUACAUGUGUGCAGCGUGCGUUUAGGAAAUUUAAGAAUGUAUGAUUUAUUAUUGUGGAUUCAAAUCUACAAAACUAGUGCAGCACAUAACUGAAACACUCCUUCAAAUGGUGAUGCAAGCACCAAACUUGGCACAAAUACUCUUUAGACAUUACUCUUGAAAAAAAUGACUGGCCACUUGAAUUUUCAAUAGGUGGCCAGGUAGGGGUCAAUUGAAGAAUUAC